UUUAGAACGAUAAAUAUACAAACCAUCCCGCCCCCGCCCAAGUUUCUCAUAAAGAGGAUCUAACUUAAGCCGACGCCUCAGUCAGUCAACACCGUCGCGACGCCAAAACCAUUCCCUCUCUAAAUUAGUCUAAAACAUUAUUUAAAUAGCCAACAUGUCUAAACGCAAUAAGGAAGUUGAAGCUGAAGUCUUGGACUGGAUUUCCAAAGUCUUGGGCGAACCUCUGCCAAAAGGCGAAUUUGAAGACAUCUUAAAAGAUGGUGUUAUUCUAUGCAAUCUUAUGAACAAACUCACUCCUGGCUCAGUAAAGAAAAUUGCCACCAAAGGAACCAACUUCCAACUUAUGGAAAAUAUUCAAAGGUUCCAAGCGGGCAUGAAGGCUUACGGAGUUCCACAAGAGGAGAUUUUCCAGACUGCUGAUCUUUUUGAAAAAAGAAAUGUUGCUCAAGUAGCAUUAUCGCUUUAUUCUUUGGGCCGUAUGACCCAAAAACACCCGGAAUGGAAUGGACCAACUCUUGGCCCUAAAAUGGCUGAAAAGAAUGAAAGAACCUUUACCGAAGAGCAACUAAGAGCUAGUGAAGGGCAAUUAAAUCUUCAAAUGGGUUAUAACAAAGGUGCAUCACAAUCAGGACAUGGUGGCUUCGGCAACACUCGCCAUAUGUAAAUUUAAUUCUUUAUUAUUUUUUGUAUUUUAUUAAGGUAUUGUAUUUAAUUAUUUAUUUCUGAGAAAUGCAUUAAAUAUUUUUUGCUAAAAAUGA